CAUUUUGGAUUAAAAUCGUUUUUUUCUUUUUUUGCAGUCAAGGACAUUAAUGGGUGGACGCUCAGAAAGAAACGAGUACCUACUGCUUCACGCCUUCACAGAAAAUAACUUCAUAGUGCCAGACAAACCAGUGUUCAAGAAAAUGCAGCAGACCACUGUGGAGGACAAUGAUGAAAUGGGCACGGAUCAAAAUAAAAAUAAGAGUCGAAGGAAAGCUGCCUAUGCUGGAGGAUUGGUCCUGGAACCCAAAGUGGGUUUCUAUGACAAAUUCAUCUUGCUUCUCGAUUUCAACAGUUUGUACCCCUCCAUCAUUCAGGAAUACAAUAUCUGCUUUACUACAGUGCACAGAGAGGCUCCCUCAACAAAGAAAGUAAGUCGUCAGGUCUUCUGUUUGGUAAACAUACUGGGCAAACUACAGUAUUUCUACUUUCCUUUCCAUAUGUCAUUCUGCUUCCAAACCCUCCCUUUAUUUCUACUUUCCUUUCCAUAUGUCAUUCUGCUUCCAAACCCUCCCUUUAUUUCUUCUCUUAUUAUGUCUGUCAUUUUCACUCCCUUCCCACUAAAUUUCAUUUUCCCAUUUCCCUCUGAGAAUCGAAAAAUAAUUAUAUAGUUCCAGCACCCUAAUAAAAUAUUUAGAUUUAUCCUGUAAGUCACAGGGGACUGUUUGAUGUGAAGCUAGUAUAGGGCCUAAGUGUGCAAAGUAGUGGGACCCCCUAUGUCCUAAUAAUAUAAGGCUUUAGUGCACCCUCAGUAUGGCUUUCUGUGCCCAGUGCACCCCUGGUAUGCCAGGCAGUUCCCAAUAUACCCAGGGAAUGUCACACAUGUAAGAAAUUGCAUGUAUGUUAUUUCUCACAGUCACCAGGACACUUACUGUAUGUUAUGCAACUCCCAGCCAAUUACAGUGCACAGAACACCCACUAUAUAUCACACAGUGGUGUCUCAGUGCACCCAGUGUAGGUUAUACUGUGCCUGGUAUUACAGGUAUGGGAUCCAUUAUCCAGAAAGCUCAGAAUAAUGGAAAAGCCAUCUUCCAUAGACUCCAUUAUAAUUAGAUAAUCCUACUUUUUAAA